CUUCACCAUCAUGUUCUUCAGUAAGGCUUCAUCAACGCCAGAGCCUCAGGAGGCUCCGGCGGCGUCCAUUCCAAGUGAAAGUGAACCACCGACAACGUCUACAUCGACCGUAGAGUCAUCGGUUCUCGCGGGCAACUUCGAGGAAGUUGUCAGGCAGGAAGAGGCACGUCUGAAGCGCGAGUACCCCUCCUUCGCGGAGAUGCCGAAGUGUUGGAACCAUAUGGAUACGCUUCUGUCAUGCUACUCGCUGCGUGAGAACGUCAAGGCCAUAUACCGCUACGGCCAUCAGACUUCCUGCUCAGAGAAGGCUGCUGAGUUCAAGUGGUGCAUAAGCAAUGUCUGGCAUCCUGAUGAGGAACGACAUGACAUGUGGAUACGUCGCCGCGCAGAAUGGUGGGCACGAAGGAGGAUGGGGAAGAGUAGCGAAGAUGUUUGGGAGGCACGAUCCGAGCCACCACCCAAUUUCCCCGUACUUAUCACGGAUGAGAUGCUCGGGAAGAAGCGCGUGGACGCCAAUUAGCUGCUCUCCCAAUCCCUUUGAACCAUCUAUGCACCCCCACUAUCUGUCCAAUUGACAUCGGAGGCUCUCUGGUAUACUCUAUCCACUCUUUCUCGCUCUGCAUUUUUUGCAGUGACAAGGGUGCAACAAAAACUGCUGCGCUACUGGAAACGAACGUCUCUACCCUCCUAUCUGACUCACCGAACCUACUUCCCGCGAACACGACCCAGGUCUUCGAGAGGAAGGUCUUUGGCGUUCUUAGGCGAAGCCAUAGACGCUGUACGACCGGACGUGAACGUGCGCCCGUCCAUGCUGU